UUGAGUUUGAUCAACUUAAGUUUAGUUGGUGUAGAUAUUUUACAACGUCCAGUAGCCAAUACGGACAAGUAGUUUAAAAAAUAAUAAAAAAAUAUAAAACAAAUACCUACUACAUACUACAUAUAUUUGAAUAAAAAUAAUCCUGUGUGAAAUUAUUGAAAACUCCAUCCAAAAAAAAGUGUUGAGUGUCCCUACAACGGGAAACCUUGAAUUUUUCGCUUACAGCCGUCUUUCAAGGCGGAACAGUUCAGUGGAAUAUCUUAAAAAUACUACGAGUAGUAUAAUUGUAUGCCAAGAUGACGGAUAUAGAUAACAUUAUUGCCGAGUUACAACGCUUCAGAUGGCCCGAUUAUGUUGUGUUUGUCGCCAUGUUUGUGCUGUGCAUAUUCAUUGGCAUUUAUUUUGGCUUCAUGAAGAAAUCUACUGCGGAAUCGGAGUAUCUGAUGGGUGGUCGUAAUAUGUUGGUUGUGCCCAUAGCAUUGUCAUUGGUCGCCAGUUUUAUAUCGGGUAUCACACUGCUGGGGCUGCCGACAGAAGUGUAUUCGUAUGGCAUACAGUACAAUUAUGUAGGACUUGGAGUUGUUUCCAUGGGCUUUGUAAUGGGUAUAUUCUAUUUGCCUGUUUUCCAUAAGCUAAGCAUUACAUCGACAUAUGAGUACCUUGAAAGCCGUUUUGAUAUCAGAUUACGUAUGUUUGGAUCAGUUAUGUUCACCAUCAUGAAUAUUGGUUACUUGCCGAUUGUAAUUUAUGUGCCAGCCUUGGCCUUCAACCAGGUCACUGGAGUGGCUGUACACACCAUCACACCCAUUGUCUGUUUAAUUUGUGUCUUCUACACCGGUUUGGGUGGACUUAAGGCUGUCGUUUGGACUGAUGUCGUACAGACCAUAUCUAUGGUGGGUGCUUUGAUAUUGGUGGCCAUUAAGGGCAGCAUGGAUAUUGGAGGUGCCUCUAAAGUUAUACAAGAAGCCUGGGAUUCUGGUAGAAUCGAAAUGCCAGAUUUAAAUAUGGAUCCAACUGUACGUCAUACUCUGUGGUCUCAAUUAAUUGGUGGAGUUUUCUAUUGGACCCAAUCGAAUGCUGUUUCUCAAAACAUGAUACAAAGAUAUUUGGCUUUGCCAACUUUAAGUGCCGCACGCAAGGCCUUGGCCAUCUUUUGUUUGGGAGUUUUAGUAUUAAUGGCCCUUUGCAGUUUCAAUGGUUUACUGAUCUAUGCCACCUAUAAGGAUUGUGAUCCUUUAACCACUAAGUUGGCCAAAGCCCGCGAUCAGCUGUUGCCUUUGUUUGUUAUGAGAACUUUGGGCGAUUUACCCGGCUUAACCGGUCUCUUUAUAGCGGGUGUCUUCAGUGCCGCCUUAAGUUCAUUAUCCACCUGCUUAAAUUCCAUGUCAGCUGUAGUUUUGGAAGAUUUCAUUAAGCCCUUCAUUGGUAGACCUUUAUCGGAUACGGCCGUUAUCUGGAUUAUGCGUUCAGUUGUUGUGGGUGUGGGAGCUUUGUGUGUCGGUCUAGUUUAUGUUGUCGAACACAUGGGUACAGUCUUGCAAUUGGCCAUGAGCUUGGAGGCCAUUACUAAUGGUCCACUUUUGGGUAUAUUUACUAUCGGUAUCUUUAUGCCCUGGAUCAAUGGCAAUAGUUCUCUAAUUGGUGGUGUUUUGGGUGUGAUUGGCAUGUCUUGGAUUAGCUUAAAAGCCCAGUGGGCUGUGGCCUCCGGUGCCAUUAAAUAUCAAACUAAACCAUUAUCGGUUGAACAUUGUGAUUAUCGCUUUGAAUCUGUAUUAAUGUCAGCUGCCAACGCCACAAUGGCUGAUGAAACCACAGAUGACAUCUUUCCUUUGUACCGCAUUUCUUAUAUGUGGUAUACUUGUUUGGGUGCAGUCAUAACUAUGAUUAUUGCCAUCGUUUGUACUCUUAUCUUUGGUGGCAAUGAUCCACAUACAAUAGAGCAUUGCCUGCUGACACCUUGUAUACGUAAAUAUUUUCGUGGUGGAGACGACUUAAAAUCCAAGAAUAUCGAAAAUGACAUUCCAUUAAAAAGCAAAAUCUUGGCCGAAGAAGUGGCUCUUUAGAGGAAUUUUUUUAACAUGAGCGCCUGGGUCUAGUAAAUAUAAAAUAUAUACAUAUGCAUGUAAAAUAUACAUAUAUAAUAUCUAUGUAUGUAUGUAUAUUUUGUGCGUUUGUAUGUAAGGUCUACAAUUAAAUUUUAAAAUAUAAAGUAAUAAAUAAAUUAAUUAUUGUAAAUACUUUAAUUUAAACUUGUGUAUGUAUUAUGAUCCUGAUAAUAAGAAAAGCAUUCGAUCGACCAAAAUAA